AUGACACCGCGUCCUCCAAACCUCCCCACCCUCACCCUCCUUCUAACAUUCCUCACGCUCACACUCACCGUCCCGCGACUGCACGGCGAGGUGGUGAUGAUGGAGGACGACCACGGCGCGCUGCACAUCAACACGAGCAAUCCAGUGAACGACCGCGUGUUCGUGAACGGCGUGGACGUGGGCAAGCUGUUUGGGGCGAUUCAGGAACAGGAGAGCAUGCUGGCAGUGCAGCGGCGCGUGAACGAGGAGCUGCAGCAGAGGGAUCGGCAGAAUCGGGCUGCCCUGUGUCGCCGCUUUCCACCAUCGGCAGACUCCACAACACUGACUGGCGUCGGCACCGGAGGCGAAGACUGGAUUGGUGGCGUGCUGGCCAGCAACGGCCUCAUCUACGGCAUCCCCUACAACUCCGCUUUCGUGCUCAUCAUCGACCCAGUGACAAAGGCGGUGGACACGACGACCAUCACCAUCCCAGAGGGUGAGCACUGGGCGGGGGCAGUGCAAGCAAACGACCUCGUGUUUGGCUUCCCAACAAGCUCGCAGGCUGUCCUCCUCAUCGACCCCAGCACAAACGCCACCGACACAACGACGCUUGGGAACCUGCCAUCGGAAUCGGUCAAGUGGAUCAGCGGUAUUGUCGCUGACAACGGGCUCAUCUAUGGCAUUCCGUGGUCCGCCUCCUCGGUCCUCAUCGUUGACCCAGUGACCAACGCCACCGACACCACGGCCAUAGCCAGCGUUGGAACAGACCCGUUCAAGUGGUAUGGCGGUGUGCAGGCGCGCAACGGACGCAUCUACUGCAUGCCAAGCAACGCGCAGGCCGUGCUCAUCAUCGACCCGGCCACAAACACGACAGACACCACCAGCCUUGUUGGCUUGGCCAGCCGUGGCGGUGGCUGGCGCGGCGCCGUGCUCGCCAGCAACGGGCUCAUUUAUUGCAUCCCGUACGUGGAGACGUUUGUGCUCAUCAUCGACCCAGCCACCAACGCUGCCGACACCACCUCCAUCACCGACCUCCCCGACAACAGCUUCAAGUGGCAGGGCGGCGCACGGGUGGCGGACGGCCGCAUCAUCGGCUUUCCACACUCUGCCUCAUCCGUGCUCAUCAUCGACCCGGCCACGAACACGGUCGACAUCACGUCGCUUCCCGUGACAGAGGGCAGCAGCAAGUGGUUUGACGGCGUGCUUGCAGACAACGGCCUCAUCUACGCCAUUCCCUUCAACCACGAGCACGUCCUCAUCAUCGACCCGGGCUGCUGA